AUGGAGAAACAAGUUCUUGACUACGUGUUAGUACCAACAGGUCUCAUGUUAAUGCUGGUUUAUCACCUGUGGCUACUCCAUCAGAUCGUGAAGCACCCCACUAAGACCUUUAUAGGCAUCAACGCCAUCAACCGUCGCUUCUGGGUGCAUGCUAUGAUGGAGGACGUGUCCAAGAAUGGGGUUCUGGCUGUACAGACAAUGCGAAACAACAUAAUGGCAUCGACUGUUUUGGCAUCCAUGGCCAUCAUGCUCAGCUCAGUCAUUGCCUUGUUGAUGGGCAGUGCUGGUAGCAACCGCACAACUGGCAUCGUCUAUGGAGACAGAAGUGAGCUUGGAUUCUCCGUAAAAUUCUUCUCUAUUUUGGUGUGCUUCUUGCUGGCAUUCCUGUUGAAUGUGCAGUCUAUUAGAUACUUCAGCCAUUCUAGCAUGCUUAUCAAUGUACCCUACAAAAAGAUAUCAUCAAACUGGGAUCACCAUCAUCACAAUUAUUGCGUCUCGGCUGAAUAUGUGGGAAGGACGGUGAACAUGGGGAGUUACUAUUGGUCUCUAGGCCUGCGUGCAUUCUACUUUUCUUUCCCUCUAUUUUUGUGGAUCUUUGGACCUAUUCCUAUGUUUUUGAGUUGUCUUGUUCUGGUUUUCAUGUUCUUUUUCCUGGACGUCACCAUUGACUCUGGCCGGGUUGCUGGGGCUUCUGAUGACGAGGACCACCACCAUGACCACCAGGACGAGGAGAUUCGUUGAGGAAAGGUCGGC